AUGCCGCCCAAAUCCUGGCUUCUCUGGAUUCUGUGCUUUUCGGUGGAGGAAGCCCAAAGAGGACUACCACGUUCUUGCAGUUCUACAACCAUGGCCCAUAUGUCCUUGUCAUUCAGGGAUGUGGCCAUAGACCUCUCCCAGGAAGAGUGGGAGUGCCUGGACCCUUUUCAGAGGGCCUUGUACAGGGAUGUGAUGUUGGAGAACUACAGCAACCUGGUCUCCUUGGGAUGUUCCACUCCUAAGCCAGACAUGAUUACUUUAUUGGAGCAAGAGAAAGAGCCCUGGAUGAUAAUGAGAGAAGGAACAGGAAGUUGGUUCACAGAUUUGGAAUCUAAGUAUUUCACCAAGAAGUUAUUUCCAGAAAAGGAUAUUUGUGGAAUAUAUUUGUUUCAGUUGCAGACAGUGGACGGAAGUCAAGCUUCUAUCCAUGAAGACACCAUUUUCAGAAAUGAUUUGCAGCGUAAACAUGAGUUUGAGAGACAAGAAGGACAUCAAAUGAGAUGUGCUAGUCAAAUGAUAAUCCAAAAACAUGUAGUUCUUCCUCUACAUGAGAAAAUUCAUGCUAUAGAGAAGUCAUAUGAAUGUAAGGAAUGUAGGAAGGCUUUUAGACAACAGUCAUACCUUAUUCAGCAUAUAAGAAUUCAUACUGGUGAGAGACCCUAUAAAUGCAAGGAAUGUGGGAAAGCCUUUUGUCGUGUGGGGGACCUUAGAGUACAUCAGACAAUUCAUGCUGGGGAGAGACCCCAUGAAUGUAACAAUUGUGGGAAGACCUUUAGGCUUCAUUAUCACCUUACUGAACAUCAGAGAAUACAUUCUGGUGUGAAACCCUAUGAGUGCAAAGAAUGUGGGAAGACCUUUAGUCGUGUUCGAGACCUUAGAGUACAUCAGACAAUUCAUGCUGGGAAGAGACCUUAUGAAUGUAAGGAAUGUGGGAAGGCCUUUAGACUUCAUUAUCAGCUUACUGAACAUCAAAGAAUUCAUACUGGUGAGAGGCCUUAUGAAUGUAAAAUUUGUGGAAAGACCUUUAGGGUACAACGACAUAUUAGUCAACAUCAGAAAAUUCAUACUGGUGUAAAACCUUAUAAAUGUAAUGACUGUGGGAAGGCCUCCAGUCAUGGCUCAUACCUUGUUCAACAUCAGAAAAUUCAUACUGGUGACAAACCCUAUGAAUGUAAAGAUUGUGAUAAGUCCUUUAGUUUCCACGCAGAACUUACUCGACAUCAUAGAAUUCAUGCUGGUGAGAAACCCUACGAAUGUAAAGAAUGUGGAAAAACCUUUCGUCUCCAAACAGAACUGACUCGGCAUUGUAGAAUUCAUACUGGAGAGAAGCCCUAUGAAUGUAAGGACUGUGGGAAGGCCUUUAUUUGUGGCUAUCAGCUAACUUUACAUCUGAGGGUUCAUACUGGUGAGAUUCCCUAUGAAUGUAAGGAAUGUGGGAAAACCUUCGGUAGUCGCUAUCAUCUUACUCAACAUUACAGAAUUCAUACUGGUGAGAAGCCCUAUGGAUGUAAAGAAUGUGGGAAGGCCUUUCGCCUUCAAGCAGAACUUACCAGACAUCACAGAAUUCAUACUUGUGAAAAACCCUAUGAAUGCAAGGAAUGUGGGAAGGCCUUUGUUCGUAGCAGUCAACUUAUUUCACACCAGCGAAUUCACACCAAUGACAACACCUAUGAGUGCAAAGAAUGUGGAAAGAUUUUCAGUCGUCGCUACAAUCUUACUCAACAUUAUAAAAUUCAUACCGGUGAAAAACCCUAUGUAUGUAAAGAAUGUGGAAAGGCCUUUCGCUUUCAAACAGAACUCACUCAGCAUCACAGAAUUCAUACCGGUGAAAAGCCCUAUAAAUGUCAGGAAUGUGGGAAAGCCUUUAUCUGUAGCAAUCAUCUUAUUCAACAUCAGAGAAUUCAUACUGGUGAGAAACCUUAUGAAUGUAACGAAUGUGGGAAGACCUUUAGUCGGCACUAUCAUCUUACUCAACAUCACAGAAUCCACACUGGGGAGAAACCCUACAUAUGUGACAAAUGUGGGAAUGCUUUUAUUUGUAGUUAUCAACUUACCUUACAUCAAAGAAUUCGCACUGGUGAGAUUCCAUAUGAAUGUAAGGAAUGUGGAAAGACCUUUAGUCGCUGGUAUCAUCUUACUCAACAUUUUAGACUUCAUACUGGUGAGAAACCUUAUGGGUGUAAAGAAUGUGGGGGUGCCUUCCGUCUUCAAGCAGAACUUACUCGACAUCACACAAUUCAUACCGGUGAAAAACCCUAUAAAUGUAAAGAAUGUGGGAAAGCCUUUAGUGUUAAAUCAGAACUUACACGACAUCACAGAAUUCAUACUGGUGAGAAACCCUAUAAAUGUAAAGAAUGUGGGAAGGCUUUUAUUUGUAGUGAUCAACUCACUUUACAUCAGAGAAAUCACAUUAGUGAGGAAUCGCUAUGCAUAAUGUAAAGAGGAUAUUGAUUGGUUGCUAACUUGUGUCUGACUCUUCUGUGACCCCAUGGACUAGCCUGCCAGGCUCCUCUGUCCAUGGGAUUUCCCAGGGAAAAAUACUGGAGUGGGUUACC